AUGUCUGAAAGAAGAAAGACACGAGGAAAAUACUACCAACAAACUAAUCCUAAGCUAACAACUAAUGAUCAACAAAUUAUUGAACUAGAGAAAAUUCUCAAUAAUCUUGGUUUAGCCUUGAACGAUAGCAGAAUUGAAAAUACAAAUACUUCUCAAGGUUUGACUAUUUUUCAAUUUGAAACAGAAGAAAGGAUAAUUAAGAUGAAAAAACCAAACCAAACUUAUUACCAAGCCCAAAUUCAACAAGUUAAUCCUGGUUCGACGGAGGAUUGUAAUAAGCCCGAAAAGUCUGCCCCCGAAUUAAAAAAAAUUGUCACCGAAUAUUACCGAGAAAAGGAUAUUAAAAUGAUGAAAUUAAAUGCUGAGGAUAAGGAAUUUCUGGAUAUUGUUUUUAAUGAUGGUAAAAAUAGACGGUCGGAUACUUUUUCUGGUUCUCGGGAUAGACAAAAAUUCGAACAAGUAAAAAUCUAUUUAAAAAGUAAUAAUAAGGAAACUCUUACUUAUUCAGAGUUAAGCGAUAGUUCUAACACUAAUCCUUCUCGUAAUCCUAAUAAAGGAAACAGUAUAAGUGGUGGAGAAAUUACUUUGCUAAUAGUUGGCACGAUAUCGGUGUUUAUGUCUAUAAUGUCUAAUAAUUUAAAAAUCUUUGCCCUGGGUGGCUUACACGAAGUGGGAAAAAACUGUUAUGUUUUGGAAAAAAAUAACGACCUAAUUAUUGUUGAUUGUGGCAUUAAAUUUCUCAAUGGCAGUAAUUUAGCCGACGGUACUAUUCCUAAUUUUAUUUACCUCUUGGAAAACAAAGAAAGAAUAAAAGGUUUGUUUAUCACUCACGGUCACGAGGAUCAUAUUGGUGGCAUCCCUUAUUUAUUACAAUUAAUUCCUAAUAUUCCCAUUUAUGGUUCGGAUUUUUCCAUUUCCCUUUUAAAGCAAAAAUUACGCGGAGAAAGUAAAGAAAAAACUACUAUUUUUCAAGAUGAUACAAUAAUAUCCACCGGCGAAUUUCGCGUCAGUUUUUUUCGGGUAACCCAUUCUAUUCCCGGUGCUUUUGGUUUGAUAAUCGAGGUUAUACGAGAUAAUACCAGAAUAGUUAUUACCGCCGAAAUUGGCAAAAAAGGAGUUGAUUUGCUACUAAGUGAUUCGACUAAUUCCGAAGUAGAGGGCAAUACUCCCUCAGAAGCAAAGGUCAUUGAAAUUGCAAAAAAAACCGAAAAAAAAAUUGUUUUGCUCGGUUCUUCACUGUUAAAAAUGAUGAAAGCCAUUCAGAAGGCCAUAGCGUCCGGCGAUUCAAUUAUUUUAACUUCUUCCCCGAUUAUGGAUAAUAAAUUUAAUGUCGAGAUAAUUAAUAAUAAGUUAUUUGCUUUAGGAGCCAAGGUCUAUGAAAACAAUAAGGAGGAUUUACUUCACGCUUCCGGACAUGCUUGUCAAGAAGAUUUAAAACUAAUGCUUACGUUGGCUAAGCCUCGCUAUUUUAUGCCGUUUCAUGGGGAUUUUCGCAUGCUGAAAAAACACGGGCAUUUAGCUCAAGAAUUAGCCAUACCAGAAAAAAAUAUCUUUGUUUGUAGUAAUGGUGAAGUAGUAGAAGCCAAAGAUAAAGAAUUUUUUUUGAGUAAAAAAAAAUUGCCGGCUCAACCUAACUAUGUUCUUAAUGGCCGGUUACUGCCAGCUGAGGAAUUAAAUAAUAACCUAGUUUUGCGGGGAAAAAUGUCCCAAGGAGGAUUUUUUCUAGUGGUACUUUUCUAUGAUAGGAAAAAAAAGAAGUUAACUUCUUCUCCUUACAUUUUUACUUAUGGGUUUAUUAAUAUGAAAAAGAACGAGAACUUAAUCAAUGAUUGA